AUGCUUAUUGCCAGGCCAGUGUCCAAUUACUUGGAUCUUGCUCUAACCUUCCGUCUCUUUCUCUUAAGUCUUCUAACUCUCUUUUUUCUCCACUUAUCUCUCAUUUUAAUAGAUGUUCAGUGUAUAUUGCUAAUCUCUUCUUUCACUCAAGAAGCGCUUUUGAGACUUUUAUAA